AUGCAGUGGCAGAAGUCUAAGUUGAACUGGUUGAGGGUAGGUGAUGGGAAUUCUAAAUUUUAUCAUGGGUUUAUGUCAUCUAGACGUAGGUCCAAUACGAUCACUUAUUUAUCGGUGAAUGAUGCUCUUGUUGAAGGUGUAGCCCCGAUUAAAGAAGCAGUUUUUCAGCACUUUCAGUCUCAUUUUAAAGUGGUAGGAGGUGAUCGUCCAGAGAUUAAUAAUUUGUCAUUUAAAACUCUUAGUGGUAUGGAUGGGGCUGAUCUUAUUAAGUCGUUUACGAUGGAAGAAGUGAAACAGGCGGUGUGGGAUUGUGAUAGUUACAAGAGUCCAGGUCCAAAUGGUGUGAGUUUUGGGUUUAUAAAAGAAUUCUGGGAGUUGUUGAAAGAUGAUUUGUUGAGAUUUUUUGUGAAGUUUCACCGUAAUGGAAAGCUAGCAGGAGGUAUUAAUAGUACGUCAUUACUACGAUACUUAAAAUUGACAGUCCUAAGCGGAUUGAGGAUUUUUGUCCCAUUUCGUUGGUUGUGA